CCCCCCCCCUCCCCGCUUCAAGCACAUCGCCAUGGCGACGAACGGGAAGCGGACUGUGAGGAGGAGGGCCUCUGUGUCCCACGGGGUGGGUGGCAGUGACGCCGUGCGUGUGGCGGUGCGCGUGCGCCCGUUCAACAGCCGCGAGCUGCACUCGGCAGCACGGUGCGUGGUAGAGAUGAAGGGCAGCCAGACCAUCCUGCAGGAUCCAAGUGGCACGCGCCAGCCGCGCCCGUUCACCUUCGACUACUCGUACUGGUCCUUUGACGGGUUCGAGACACAGCCAGAUGGCACCAUCGUCAAGAAGGCAGACAACUACGCGGACCAGGAAACCGUGUACCGUGACCUGGGCAAGGACGCCGUCAAGGACGCCAUGGACGGCUACAACGCCGCCAUCUUCGCGUACGGCCAGACCGGCGCCGGCAAGUCCUUCACCAUGGUCGGCUACAAUGCAAACGAAGGCAUCAUCCCGCGCCUCACGCGCGACCUCUUCCGUGAAACGGCAAUCUCCCGCGCCUCCCCGGUCGGCGACGCAGCGUCAUCGCCAGCACGCCCCAGCAACAACAACAACAACAACAACAACGGGCCCAGCGGUGCCCCUCAAGGCAGUCACAGCGGCGGUAUCGAGUACCAGGUCACCUUCUCCAUGCUGGAGAUCUACAACGAGCGCAUUACCGACCUUCUCUCAUCUGCCGGCGGGGAGCUCAAGCUGAGGCAGCACCCGAAGCAGGGCUUCUACGUGCAGGGCCUGCAGAAGGUGGCCGUGAGCAGCUACGAUGACGUUCGCAAGCGCAUGGACCUCGGCGUUCGUAACCGGACCACAGCGGCCACAACCAUGAACGAGACGUCCUCCCGCUCCCACAUGGUCGUCACUCUGCACGUGAAACAGAUCUUCCUCAACACCAGCGGCGAGAGCACCACAAAGUACUCGGACAUCCACCUCGUUGACCUGGCGGGCUCCGAGCGCGCCGAAGCAAGCGCCGCCGUCUCAGACCGCCUGAAGGAAGGCGCAGCCAUCAACCAGUCCCUCUCCACCCUGGGCAACGUCAUAUCUGCACUGGCCGAGCGCGGCGCCGGCCGCACAGACGUCGUGGUGCCAUACCGGAACUCGGCCCUGACCAAGCUCCUGCACAACGCGCUUGGCGGAAACUCCAAGACCAACAUGAUCGCAGCCAUCAGCCCCGCCGCCAUCAACUACGAGGAGACGCUCUCCACGCUGCGCUACGCUGACAGGGCCAAGCAGAUCCGCAACAAGGCCGUGGUGAACGAGAGCCCAACAGACAAGCUGAUCCGGGAGCUGCGCGAGGAGAACGCGCGGCUGAUGGCUGUGCUCUCCGAGGGCGGCAUGACACCGGAGCAACUGGCCGAGGUGCGCGCAGACAAGCAGCUGCUGGGGAGAGAGGUGGCGGACUUGGAGACGCAGUGGUCCAAGCAGCUGGAGGCAGCGCGGCAGGAGUGGGAGCAGCAGCUCUCGCUGGACGACAACCUGCUUGCCCUCGCACAGCAGAGCGAAAUCCAGGCAGACGCGCACCUCAGCAACAUCAACCCAGACCCGCAGCUGUCGCACGUGAUCAAGCACGUGUUGCCGGAGGGCGUGACGAUGGUGGCCAGGCUCGACAACAUGGACGAGGAGACGCUUGACGAGCACAGCGACCUGUUUGCGGACGUGGACCACAUCCUGGAAAUGAGCGGACCAAGCAUCCAGCAGCGCCACUGCAAACUCGAGCGAAAGGGCACGCAGGUGGUGCUCACCCCCGAACCCGUCGGCGGUCACAGCAUUGGCGGCGGCGGCGACGGCGCGACUAACAGCGGUGGGGCCGGGAAUGGUGGUGUGACGAGUGAGGACGUGCAGGUGCGGGUGAACGGCGAGGUGGUUGCGCCUGGCCAUGCAAGGGCACUGCAGCACCUUGAUCGGGUUGUGUUUGGCCCGGGCCAGGCAUACCUCUACUUUGCCGAGCAGAGCGCGCGCGAGAGCGACACGGUUGCUGAUGUGCAGAACUACGACUACGACUUUGUGCAAAUGGAGAUUGCGAGCGCGCAGGGCCUGGGCCAGUUCCUGCGCGCGUCCACAAAUCUUUCCAUGGAUCCGGACACGCAGCGGCUGCGGCAGGCGCUUGUCGCUGUUGCGCCGAUGGUGACGACAGCCAACGCCAUCAGCGCAGAGCUGAAGCGCGGGGUGCGGUUUGAGAUUGUGGUGAAGACCGGCACGACGCACGCGCUGAACGACAAGAGCAAAGAGGUGCUGGUGCAGGUCACGGACACGACCACGGGGUUUGUGUGGCGGUGGGACAGGGCCAAGUUUGUGAAUCGCUGCGAGCUGAUGAAGAUGAUGUUCAACGAGCGGCAGAAGGAGCAGCGGGAGCGACGCGGAAGUCAACUCCGGCAGUCGCUGGAGCGAAAACAGCAGGCAAACAAGCACAGGGCCAUGCACCCGGGCACGAUUAGCGAGGACGGAGCCGUGAAUGGCAGCAGCGGUGAUGGUGGAGGAGGGGUGGGGGCUGGGCGAAAGGCAAAGGCAGCAGGAAGAGGAAAAGGAGGAGGAGGAAAGAAGAGCAAAAGCAGCAGCGUGCUUCCGAGUGCCUUGUCGUCGUCCUCAUCAGCGGCAACAGCAACAACAUCGUCGUCCAAGCCAAAUGGCGGUGGCGCUGGCUAUGCGAAGAUCCACAGCAGCAGUAGUAGCAGUAGCACUGGUGGUGCUGCGAAUGGAGGGAAGGGCAAGGCGCCCCGGCGAGCAAACAGUUAUAGCAGUGCCCUGCAGGCGAAGAAAGACCAGCACAAGCAGCAGCAGCAGCAGCACGCAGUGGCCCAGCGCGAACACACCAAUUCUGGUGAUGAGCUCUUUGGCAUGCACACGGCACGAGCAACAGCAAUAGCAACGGCGGUGUCCGGUACAUCGCCUGUGCUGUCGUCACCAUCACCAACGCCACCAGCAGGGGUGAGCAGCAACACCACCACCAACAACAGCGCGAGUGCACACGCAAAUGACCCGUUCUGGGAUCCGCCAGAGGACCUGUUUCUCGGCAGCAGCUUUGUGUACUUGCAGCCGCUGGCGUUUGGCGUCGGCGUGGACGAGACGCUGCCCGUCACAGACUACCGCGGCCUCACCGUUGCCCUGCUUGAUGUGCAUGUGUCCCUGUGCGACCACGGAGGCAAGACGCUGCCUGACUUUGCGCUCGUGCAAGACCCGUCUGACUUUGCCGACCGGCGCGUGGAUGUGCUGGUGCGCAUUGACCGGGCGCGCGAUGUGGAGUGGGUGCAGCAGGACACGACGCGCGGGGUGGCCUGCCGCUACCGGUUCUACACGGACGCGAAGAAGCGCACAACGCGCGAGGUGUAUCGCUCGCCGCAGGCGGCAGAGUUUGCAUAUAGCAAGCAGUUCACCAUUCGCACGUGCAGCCCAAACUUUGUCAACUAUCUCAAGACAAACGUGCUGGUGUUAGAGCUGUGGGGGAAGCAGGGCGAUGGCACGACGAAGCUGCGACGGCAACACACGGGCGGGCUCCUGUCGGCAACCAUGUCGCUGCCAGGCAGCAGCAGCAGCAGCAGCAGCAGCAGGAGGGGUGGUGGCGGUGGUACCGGUGGUGGUGGUGAUGGUAGCAACGACCGGCGCAAUGUGCGCGGAAAGUGGACAGCAGCUGCAGCAACAGCGCUGUCGUCGUCAGCGCGUGCUGGUGACGGCGCUGCGUUUGGCGGAGAGGUGAAGAGUGGGCGGGCAAUGCCUGAGAUGCGACGCAAGGGCGAGACGGGCGCCAGAUUCGCCAGCACACAGGGGAAAAAGACGAAGACAAAGGGCAGUCGCAGCGUGAGUGUUGGCGACGACAGCGGUGCUGUGAACGACAGCGGGCUUCGCAGUGGUGUUGGCAGUGCGAUAGGCGAAGGCCGUGAUGAUGGUGAUGGCGGUGAUGAUGAUGGUGGUGGUGAUGGUGAUGGGGGCUCGUCGCGGGACCCUGUUGCGCGCGACUUUGAGCGGCAGAUGGAUGCUGUGGUGAUGGAGGCGAUGUGGCUGGAGGAGAAGCGACGGCUGCAGGCGGUCAUUGAGGACCUGCAGCAGGAGGUCGAGUUCCUGCAGAUUGAAAAGGGCCAGCUCGAGAAGGAGAUGAGUGUGAUUGUGCUUGAGAAGACACGCACGUCGUCCUCUCUUGAGAAGGACAGCCUGCACGAUGUUGUUGACGCCUUCACCACAAAGCAUCGAAACCUCCACCGCCGCCUCAACAAGGCCAUGCGCACAAACAAGAAGGCUGACACGGAUGCGAUUGCGCAGGAGCUGCAGGCGGAGUGCGAUGGUCUUGAAGCGGUUGCAAAUCAAAUUACGCGGCAGAUGAUGACUGUUCUCACAGACGUCCGCAGCACCAUCACACACAUCUCACGAUCAUGACACCUGCACACCUCUGCGUGUGUGUAUGUAUGUGUGUGUGUGUGUGUGUGUGUGUGUGUGUGUGUGUGUGUGGCAGUGGCACAGUCCCUUGCACUUCCCCUGCGUUGUUUGUGUGUUGCUUGAUGGCAAACUCCUUUUGUUAGAUGACCACCCAUUCUCACUUCUCACUCAGUUUCGUUUAUUAUGUGAAUCGACUUUGCUUGCUUCUCUUGUGUCUGCUUCAUGGCAAUAAACAACUACACGAUC